CUCUCCUCCCCUGCCGGUGCCAUGGCGGGGCCGCGGGCGCUGCCGGUCACGCAGCAGGUCGGGCGGGCGCGGGGCUGCGGGCGGGGGGAGCCGGCGGAGCUGCGGGAGGAGGCUGCCCGCUGCCCGGUGCUGGACCGGGACGGCAGGAGCGUCCCCUUCCAGGCCCUGUACGGGGAUCGGAAGGCGAUCGUGGUGUUCGUGCGGAAUUUUUUGUGUUACACCUGUAAGGAAUAUGUAGAAGAUCUGGCAAAAGUUCCCAAGGCAUUUUUACAAGAAGCAAAUGUGAGGCUUAUAGUUAUUGGGCAGUCAUCUUAUCAUCACAUCAAGCCCUUUUGCAGUUUAACUGGGUAUACGCAUGAAAUGUAUGUAGAUCCACAAAGGGAAAUUUAUAAAAUGCUUGGCAUGAAAAGAGGUGAAGGUAAUAACAUAUCAGUGCGGAGCCCUCAUGUGAAAUCAAACACACUCCUGGGAAGCAUCAGGAGUAUAUGGAGAGCAAUGACUGGCCCGGCUUUUGAUUUCCAAGGAGACCCUGCUCAGCAGGGAGGAGCUUUGAUCAUAGGCCCAGGCAAUGAAGUUCAUUUUUUGCACCUUGAUAAAAACAGGCUGGAUCAUGUUCCCAUUAAUACAAUUUUGCAGCUGGCAGGAGUUAAAACAGUGAAUUUCUCAAACAAACCCCAGAUCAUUGACAUAUGACACUGACAUAACAUAUACUUUUUUUUAAACUUGUGCUCUACAGGAACAAUUCUCCAGUGAAUUCCAACAAGCAUUGGUAAUGUUGUGUCUUUGUAGGACAUCUGAAACCUUAUCUAGAAAAUCAGAGCACAGAAUAAACUACCUGGCACUGAAGACGGACACAAAAGUGCUAUUCCCAUUGAGUACAAGAUAAUAAAAACUAAAACACAACUGAGGCUGAUUGCAAAAAAUCCUGGAGAUUAUUAUUGUCUCAUGAAACAAUCUUGCUAAUAUAUUUUAAAAAUCAUUGUUCCAGAUGCAGUAAACUAAAAAAUCUGAUUUUGGUCAGGAAGAACAUGCCUUCAGCAGAUCAACACUGUCUUUCAAUCCAGUACUUCUCAGCACUGUUUUAAAGCUUCAAGCACUGUAUGACAAUCUUGUAUUAAAAUAUACCCUGAAAAGUCACAGUGUUGAACACUGGGAGUUAAGCUUAUACCUACUUUUGCAUCUGACACUGGCAGACAUUAUGAAAUACAUUUCAUAAUUUUAAAUAAAUAUUUUAAAUACAUCA